AUGAUGCAUGCUCAAGUCUUCAUUUCAGGCUUCAUAUUAUUUCUCCCAGGUGUCGUGGAUUCUGAUGUAGUAGUGAAGGCAAUGGUGGGUGACCCUGUCACACUACCAUGUAAUUACUCAACAAAUCUUGGAAUCAGUAACACUUGCUGGGGCCUUGGCGAAUGUCAAUUUUAUUAUUGUGCAAGAACACUUAUCUGGACCAAUGGAUAUCGAGUCACCUAUCAGAGGAGCAGCAGAUACCAGCUACAGGGGCCUAUUUCAGAAGGAAAUGUGUCCUUGACAAUACAGAAUGCUGUUCAGAGUGACAGUGGUCCCUAUUGUUGUAUAGUUGAAAUCCCUGGAUCUUUCAGUUUUGUGACCUAUUCUCUGGAAGUUAAGCCAGAAAUUCCAACAAGCCCUCCAAAAAAUUCCACAGAUACAACAAGACCCACAACAGGAAGACCCACAACAGGAAGACCCAUAACAGGAAAACCCAUAACGGGAAAACUCACAACAGGAAGACCCACGACUACAAUAAAGCCCACAACUAAAGUGAAUCCCACGACUGUGUCAGCAAGACCCACACAUGGACCAUCAUCACCCAGAGUCUCCACCUCGAUUCUUACAACAACAGUACAUAUGCAAACUUACACAUCAGAUUGGAAUAACACUGUAAUAUCAUUGAACAACUCUUGGAAUAAUUACACUAAAUCCAUCCCUUCACUGAAUCCACCCGAGAAAAUGAUUAAGGACUUCUCUCUUGGCACCCCCAUUGCUGCACUGAUGCUACUGCUGUUUGUGGGUGCCUUGGCUCUAAUGGGUUGGUAGCAGUUGGGGACCUUGAGGUGAAGACAAUGUCUAUAUAAUUGAAUAGAGCCCUUUCCCUACAGCAUGAGUGCCAGUCAGUGGCUCUCUGAGAGAACUUCUGCCUGUGAUUAAAAAGACAGCAACAGGAUUGGACAGCGCAAACAACCUUUACAGAUCCAGGAUUAUUUUCUGUGUCUACUCAUCCAGCAGUGGUGGAGAGGGUGACCUCCAGUACCAUCCUAUUUCUUACCUCACCACUGACUCAGUCUCUCCACUCAGUGCAGUGCAUUCUCUCAAACAUGAACAUCUUAGAAUGCUGUGUGUCCUUUAUGUCAAUAAAGUCGUUGUUA